AUGACACCUCUUCUUCAGCCCAUGGACCAGCAAGUGAUCUGCACCUUCAAGAAGCUGUGCUUAAAGGUAGUGGAGGAGACUAUGUCCAUGGGUGAAAGUAAUCGUCUGGACAUAGAGAAGCUUAUUGAGGACCAUAAGGAGGAGCUGGCACUGGCAGAACUUGCUGAACCCUUGAGUAAGCAUCAAAAAGCACUUGUUGAACAUCAUUCCACUGAGGAAGAGGAAGACAGAAAGCAGAUAAUGAGGGGUGAGGCUUCUAAGCCAGCCACAAUUGAAGCCUCUACUGAGGUGUACCUAUCCUUAUCUGAUUUUGUUCAAGCUCUUCAAGGACAGUAUCCCUUACAGGAAGUAAAUGGAGAGUUUGGCAUUAUCUAUGUCCAUCUCAAUGACUUCAAACAAAUCAAACAAGAUCUAGUCCAGUUCUCCUGGCAGAGAUAUCUUACCUUGCUUGAAUACUGUUAUAUACAUGUGCCCAGGUGGCAGAGAAGCUGGGGCAUGGAGCACCACUGCAGCCCGCUGCACAGUUUGUGCCUCCUCACGCAGAAGAGCCCAGAGACCCUGCAGAAAGCCAAAGGCUGCACACUCAUCUUUACUGACCACUUAGGUGUGAGCACGGUGGGCCACGUGAUGCAAGGCACCAUGGAUGUCCACCACCACUGGAGCAAGUUUUUUGAAAGGUUGCCAAGUUAUUUAGACCUCCAGAGGAAGCUGAUGCUUUUAGAAGACCAAAUAAGCAGGCUUUGGGGGGGCAUCCGAGUGGUUUACACUGAGGAGCUGCAGCCAGUGCUGACCCUUGAAGGGUACUUCUCUGUCCUUGAUGUGUUUCACCGCAGGCUGCUGCACAGCAGAGCACCUUUCCACCCUCAGAGUCUUCAGGGCUUACAGAUGACCCUCAACAGUGACAGGUAUGUGCCAAGCCUUCACGAACUGGGGCAUUUUAACAUCCCAAUGCUCUGUGACCCAGCAAAUCUGCAGUGAUUUUUUCUCACCAAAGCCCAGCAGGCAAGAGAAAACCUGAACAGAAUGGAGCAGUUAAAGGUUGUGGAAGAGCAGCUGAUCCACGCCUCCACCGAGAAGCUCGCCCUGGUGAAGCUGUACAAGGAGCCCAGCGUCUCCACCUGGCAGAAGGUGGCCUGCUCUGAGGGGCUCACCCUGCACCCACAGCUGGCCCUGCACGUGCACCUAUGCAUGUCCCAUUUCUACUCUGUGUUGCAGGACGGUGACCUGUGCAUCCCCUGGGACUGGAAGGAUGGAGAUGCUGUGAAAUGA